ACUACAAUAACCUAUUCGGUCCCCGAAAAUCAAAACAAAUAAAGUGAUUGUAAUGUGACUGUGUGAGUGUACAAGAAAUUAUAUUAUUUAUGAUGGAAUCUACUGUUGGAAAAUUUAAAAAAAGCUCUAUCUUCCAAAACAAACUAAAUGUCGAGAAAGUGAAAACUGAAUACACAAACGCUUUAGCACAAAUGUGUUUAAACCAAUCUAGCGACGACCACCCAUAUCUAAUAAGUAUGGCCAGCAAGCAGGAUUUGAUCAAAAAUAUAUGGAAGGAAGGGAUUAAAUCGAACAAUGACAAAAGCUACACAAAUAUUUAUGAUGAAAUGGUCGGAGGAUAGUAAAAGUAACAACUGGGCAAUUGGAUGUUAUGCCUUGCAACAUCAAUUAAAUAGUGAAAUUCAAGGUAAUCGUCAAAGUGCGGCAUUUGAAAAUGUUUUUGCAUUUAAUACAUCACUUAAGAAUAUUGCAAAGUAUAAUGAAAGCGAUACAGAGUCUGAUAUAACAAACAAAAACUUAGACGCUACAUUGGAUGCAAGCAAUUCUAAAAUUGAUGAAUCAAAAGAAGGAUCAACUACAAUUUUGGCUGAUGACAGUUUGAAAAGUGGUGGAUCAAAAGAAGAACCAGUCAUGAUGUUGGUUGACAACAGUUCAAAAUUUGUUGAGUCAAUAGAAGAGCCAGUUGAUACACUGGAAGAUGGUGCAGUGAAAGACCUAGUUAUUAUACUAGAUGACAAUAGUACGAUGCAUGUUACAGAGAAAGAAAAACUAGAUGCUGUAUUGGCUGAUGAUAAUUCAAAUUGUAGUCAGUUGGCAGAAGAACUGAAUGAUAUACCACAAAACCUUACAGAAAAACAAGAUAUGAUAUCCAUACUGUCAUCAGAUGGUUCAAACUGUGCUAGUUUUGAAGAUAAACCAGAUGAUGUCUCAGAUAGUGAAUAUCCAAAAUGCGUCGGCAUUCAAAUCGAAGAUUCAGAUGACAUGUUUGACGAUGAUGAUUCAAAAUGUAUUGAAUUUACAGAACCAAGUAUUAUGUUGAAAUGUAACAAUGCAAAAUCUAGUGAAUUAGAAAAAGAAUCAGAUGUGGUAUUAGAAGAGAAAGUACCAAAAAGUGCUGGACUGCAAGAAAGACCAAAUGACAUAUCGAAUGAUGAUGCACCUAAAUGUAUUGAAAUGCAAUCGGACCCAGUUACGAGAUUUGAUGGUAUUUUUAAGUACAGUGAACUGACAGAAAAAAAAUCAGAUACAAUAUUAAAUGAAAACGAUUUAGGAUCAUCGAUUUGUGUUGAAAUGCAUUCAGGAUCAAAACCAACAUUGAGCGAUAAUGUUCCAAAAUGUCUUGAGGUGCCUACAAAGCAAGUUAUGAGAUUAGAUGGCGACAUUUCAAAAUCCGAUAAACAGACAAAAGAAUCCGAUUCCCUAUUAGAUGAUUACGAUCCAAAACGCACUGAAAUACAAGCAGAACCAAUUGCUAUUUUGCCUGACAUCAUUUUAAAACACAAUGAACUGACAAAGCAGCCGGAUGCGAUAUUAACUGCAGAUUUUAUUAAAUGUCAUGAAUUAAUGGAAGUCGAACCACAGUCAAUAUUGGACGAUAAAGAUCCAAAAUGUGUAGAAAUGAAAACAGACUCAAAUGUUACAUUGGAUGACAAUGGCGAACUGAAAGAAAAACUAGACGUGAUAAUGGACGAUUCUGGAUGCCAUGAAGUGGAAGCAGAACCUGAAAUUACAAAAAGCGAUAGAGAUCUAAAAUGUAUUGAAACGAAUACGACAUUAAACGACAACAUUUUAAAACCUGGUGAAGUGACCAAUGAAUGUAAUCUGAUAUUAAAUAACGACGAUCCUAACCUUGAUAAAAUGGACGUCGAUUCAAGCGCGAUACUGAGCGAUAAAGAUCCAAAAUGUAUUGAAAUGCAAACAAAUAUGGCAUUAAAUGACAUCUUAAAACACAGUGCAGUGACCAAAGAAUCUAAUUUAAUAUUAAAUAACGAAGAACCUGACCUUGAUAAAAUGGAUGAAGAUUCUGACGCGAUACUAAGCGAUAAAGAUCCAAAAUGUUUGCAAACAGAACCAAAUGCUACAUUAGAAGAUGAUACUUCCAAACAAAGUCAACUAACAGAAGAACCAAAUAUGAAACUGGAUGAUGAUCACGAAAAAGUAGCCAUCAUAGACGCUGACGAUUUAGAAAUUGAUGAACCGAAGGAAGAAGUUAAUGAUAGACUGAAAGUUGAUAGUUCAAAACCUACGGUAUUGAAAGAAUCUGAUGGUGGACCCAGCCUUACAACUAAACUUGAUAGUCCUAAGCCAUCUACAUCUGGUUUAACUAGUAAUGUCGAUUAUGAUAGUGAUGAUAGUGAUAUUGUUAUAGUUAGUGAGGACCCCUUGGCCUAGAAUUUUUUUUUUUGUAUUUUGUUAUACGGCUUUAGACACUCAAAU